GCAGUGUUUGAAGUGUGAGACUAGUGUGAAAGCAUCGUGUUUGAUAGAGACCGUCUGUAAAGUAAACCGUUAUCCAGAUCAGAAAUGUUUAGAAGACACUAACUGCCGACAAUAAAACAUUAAUGCAUUUUGGCUCGGAUUAAGAUAUUAAGUUGGUGAAACAAGCUCCGAAGUCAGAAGACAAAGUAACUAAUUGUGGAAAAUAUGUCGAUAAUUUCAGCACAAAGAAAACCUCAGCAAGUGAUGUUAUGUAAACAUAGUUAGAUAUGGCGAGUACAUCAGACUUAAACAUCAACUUUGACCUUGUCGAAGUAGGGGUCAGCGGGUCUUUUGAAGUCGUUCCAAAAGUAGACCGGUCAAAAGAAAGGAUACAGCUGCCUUUGAAAACAGUACCUCUUGGCCUACCACCUGUACUGCCAAAAAUUGAAGAUGAAUUUGAGAAGUUCCUAUUCAAUUUAGAAGAUUUGCCUAUACAUGAUGUGGAUAGAGCACAGAAGUUUAUCCCAAGAGUUGCAGAGCCACUUGAUUUGUUACACACAGAUGUGACUUCGUUACAGACAACCAUUCAGGUUGAGCGGAAUCCCACUACUGGUCAGCUGCUUGGAUAUAAAGAGGAGUAUUUACCGGACAUGGGAAAAACUGCACAGAACUCACUUUCUCUUCAGAGGGCACCAGACCCUACAUCUGCUGGGGAUGUUAGGGGUAGCAGUCUUAACUUCCCUUUCUGGCCAGGUGGGCAAGUUGAACCAGAGUUGGAGUCAUUGCUUAAGGCGACUGAAAAUGUUGAUAUUGACUUUGAAAAUGACUUGUUGACAGUAGCACCAGGUUUACCAGAAGGUAUGACCUUCAGUGCUGCGGUGCAGAAACAGCAGGCAGAGCAAACAAAGUCUUUGGAGGAACAACCAAAGGUCAUGACCUUAGCUGAUAUUAUGACCUUGGGAGAUGACCUUGAUGACCUUGACGUUGGAGAUGAUGAAGAGUUUGAGAAAGCAACUGAAGACACUAAGGUCCCAGCCAAAGAAACUAUUGAACUACAAAGAAGUGAAAGUCUGGAAAAGCUUGUAGACACCCCAAGUGACAAGACUACUGAAGUUGUAACAGCACCAGUCAGGAAAGAAGAACCAAAAGAAGAGUGGGCCAUUAAUAUAGAUGUGAACCAACCUGUAGAUGAUUUCUACAAGAGGAUUCCUGAUAUGGCAUACAAGUGGCCAUUUGAGCCGGACGUGUUUCAGAAACAGGCUAUACUUCACUUAGAGAGCCAUGACAGUGUGUUUGUUGCAGCCCACACGUCAGCUGGUAAAACUGUGGUAGCUGAGUAUGCUAUAGCUCUAUCGCUGAAGCACAUGACAAGAACAGUAUAUACAUCACCUAUUAAGGCAUUAUCCAAUCAGAAAUACCGAGACUUUAAGCUGACAUUUAGUGACGUUGGCCUGAUCACCGGAGAUGUGCAGAUCAACCAGACUGCAGCCUGUCUUAUAAUGACCACAGAAAUUCUAAGGUCAAUGUUGUACAAUGGAUCGGAUGUGAUCAGGGACUUAGAGUGGGUGAUAUUUGAUGAGGUCCAUUAUAUUAAUGAUGCAGAGAGAGGUGUAGUGUGGGAGGAAGUAUUGAUUAUGUUACCCCAACAUGUGAAUAUUAUUCUACUUAGUGCAACUGUACCUAACACACUGGAGUUUGCUGCAUGGAUAGGUCGAACAAAGAAGAAGAAGAUUUAUGUGAUUAGCACAACAAAGAGACCAGUGCCGUUGGAGCACUUCCUGUACACUGGAAACAGCAAUAAAACCAGUAAUGAACUCUUCAGAAUUGUUGAUGCAAAAGGAAGUUUUAGUACAACAGGUUACCAAAAAGCCAUAGAUGCAAAGAAGGAGAGAGCAACGAAAAGUUCUCAGAGUUUUGGUGCUAAAGGGACCCGAGGAGGACAUCCAAAUCAGGAUAAGAAUGUAUGGUUGUCAGUAAUAGACAUGUUGAAAAAGAAAGAGAAAUUACCUGUGGUGGCCUUCACCUUCUCCAAGAAAAAGAUUGAUGAAAAUGCUACGAACUUGCACAGUCUAGAUCUCACCACAGCAAAGGAGAAAAGUGAAAUACACAUCUUCUUUCACAGCUCGAUUAAAAAACUGAAGGGAUCUGAUCAACAGUUACCUCAAGUUCUACAGAUGGAGGACACACUGAAGAGAGGUAUUGGUGUUCACCACAGUGGUAUACUGCCUAUACUGAAAGAAGUUGUAGAACUUUUGUUUCAAAAAGGACUUGUCAAAAUACUAUUUGCUACAGAGACUUUUGCAAUGGGGGUUAACAUGCCAGCAAGAACCGUUGUGUUUGAUUCCAUAAGAAAACAUGAUGGCACGCAUUUCAGAGAUCUGUUACCAGGAGAGUAUAUACAGAUGGCUGGUCGAGCUGGAAGAAGAGGUCUCGACACCACAGGAACUGUUAUCAUACUGUGUAAAGGGGAUGUUCCAGAAGUAUCGAGCCUUCAUAAAAUGAUGCUGGGCAAACCAACAAAGCUAGAAUCUCGAUUCCGCUUGACGUACUCAAUGAUUCUAAAUCUUCUUCGUGUGGAGCAGCUGCGAGUUGAAGAUAUGAUGAAAAGAAGUUUUUCGGAGUUCCACAGCCAAAAAGAUGUUGCUAGACGAAAGGAAGAUCUUCAAGUGUUACAUAAGAAGCUCUCCACUCUAGAAGAUAUAGAAUGUUUUAUGUGUUCGGUGGACCUGGAGCCAUACUGGGAGGCUUGCAGAGACUAUCAUGAUCUACAAAAACAUCUUCAGGGUAUUAUUCUAUCUCAUCCUGCUGCUGUGAAGGCGUUGUCCCCAGGGCGUGUUGUGAUCAUGAACCAUGAAAUAGACAACAGUGUACUAGGUGUUGUUCUCAAAACAUCCUCGGGUGCUAACAAUGAGAGAAACUUUAAUAUUCUAAUCAUCUGUGAUAAAAAUAACGAUAGUGCUAAAAAUAGUGAGACUUCUAAAAAUACUAGCAGUGCUAUAAAUAGUAACAAUUCUUUAGAGAGUGAUGCUGUUAAGCCUGUGAUAAAAACAAAACUGUUCCAACCGGAAGGUCCAUGCUGGCAUGAAAUGGUGCAAUGUAAAGCUGAUAGUAUUGCCAUAGUAACAACAAAAACUAUACGAACAGAUGGAGAGAAAGUAAUAAAUGAUAUAAAGAAAAGAGAGCAACCCAGAUUUAGAAAUGAUCCUCCAUCCCAGUCUGUAACCACAGCAACACAAGAACUUCUUCGUAUGACAGAAGCCAAUAGUAAUGGUUUACCUGGCCUUGACCCUAUCAAGGACCUUCACCUUCGUGAUAUUGAGCUGGUGGAAAAAUUCCGUUCUCUAGAACUCAUGAAGGAUAAGUUUUUGUCGUAUAAUUGUGUGAAUUGCCCAAGAUUUACUGAACAUUUUAGCCAAAUCAGUUCAAACAUGAAGUUGAAAGAGGACUACCGAAGGUUGCAGUUCCUCCUGUCUGAUGCGAGUCUGACCCUUUUACCAGAAUAUCAGCAGAGAGUUGAGGUAUUGAAGGCUUUAAACUAUAUAGAUGAGCACAAUGCCGUCCAGUUGAAAGGCCGUGUGGCCUGUGAGAUCUCAACACAUGAGCUGAUGAUCACUGAACUUGUGUUUGAGAAUGCUUUUACUGACCUACACCCUACAGAGAUAGCAGCAUUGUUGUCAUCCAUGGUGUUUGAACAGAAAAAUUGUAGUGAGCCAAGACUUAUAGACACUUUAGAGAAGGGUCGGGACAGAAUAUUGGAGAAGGCAGCUGAAAUCAGUCAAAAACAGAAAAAAGUAGGAAUGCAGGUAGACUCUGAGUACGAGGAAACAUUCAAGUUUGGACUGAUGGAAGUUGUGUUUGAAUGGGCAAGGGGAAUGCCAUUUUCUGAGAUUACAAAUCUAACUGAUGUGCAAGAAGGAAUCAUUGUGAGGUGUAUACAGAGGCUUCAUGAGACUUUGCGAGAUGUCCGGAAUGCAGCUCGUAUAAUUGGUGAUCCUGUCCUCUAUCAGAAAAUGGAAGAGGCUUCCUCAAUGAUAAAGAGGGAUAUAGUGUUUGCUGCUUCACUGUAUACGCAAUGAAUAUUUACAAACUCAACUGUGAUUUGUGUAUUGCCAAUGGAAUUCAGCUGUUGAAAUGUGCAUAAAGCAUGAAUUCAAAACAAAAAUAUUGAAAAUUUGAAUUGAAUCCAAAAAUUCGUAAUUUUCUGUGUAGAGAAUGCGUAAUUUUUUUAUAGUAAAACUGGAAAUGAACACUAACAUGAACAAAAUGUGAAGGGAAUCUCUACAGAUGUGCAUGUGCAAUGAUAGGCUGAAAUAGACAUUUGCUCUGAUUGCUGAAAAAGGGAAGGUAUUUGCUCUAUAUACCUUUAAAAUCUGUUGUUUUUACCAUAUUUUAACGCAAAGUGCUAAGCUAAAGUCAGCUAUUUGGAUCACCCUGUUGGUGUUGUGAUCAACAUUUUUCUUGCUUACACUCUAUAGAUGUCACAAUUUUGGUUUAGUCUUCAUGAAACUUGGUCAGAAUAAUCAUCUGUCUUAGCAAAAAUCAUGUACCAGUUUGAUACUGGGUCAUAUGGGAAAUUAGACCACAAGGGAAAAUCACAGAAAAACCUCGUUAACACUCUAGAGGCCACUGUUGCUACCUGAAGUUCAAAAAACUUUUUGUUUUUAUGAAAUGUAGGUCAAAUUUGAAACUGGAUUAUCUUUGGUCAAAAACUAGGUCACUAGAUCAAAUCUAGAAAUUGUCAGUCAGAUCUGCAGUGAAUCUUGAUCAGACUGUUUUUAUGUAAUCUAGUAAAGGUUGAAACUCAAAUCACUCUGUGUCUGAUUCACAUAAAACUUGGUUAUCUUAAUUAUAUCUUGUUAAUGUUAGAAAUUGGGUCAUAUUGGGUGUACAACUAGGUCACUGUGUCAAAUCAUAGGAAACCUUUUAAUGCUUUCAUCCUGACCAUAUAAAUUAGACUUUAUAAAAAUAUAGACCAUGAUUGAAACUGGGACAUUUAGGGUCAGAAACUGGGUCUCUAGAUCAAAUUAUUGUUAACACUAAGGCCAUAUUUUGUACCUGAUUUUAUUUUUCUACCUGGUAUACAUGAAACUUAACCAGUCUACAUUAUUUUUCCGUUACAGCAUCUUUUUGUUGUGGGCCUACUUUGCGAUGCAUGCCUCUAUUGCUGUGUUUGGGGUGCUCUGUGCUUCCGGGAAAUCUACCCUUACCUUUUGUCUUUUGUUGAAAACGAAGUCAAGUUGUUUAGUACCGAGUCAAUGGGUGUAAAAGGUUCAUCAGAUGAACGCAAAGUAAAAACCUUCUUUUCACUUGAAGAAGCCGUCUACCUAUUUAUAUAGAACUAAUCUAAAUAAAACUGGGUAAUCUGUAUUGCUCAGGUAGGGAUUAAAAGGUCCUUAUGGCCCUUCAUGGUAUGAAUCUUUAUUAAAUAAAGAUAAAGCUUGUAUACAUAAUGCAUGUAAACUGCAAUUUUAAUGAAAUUUUCUUGUCAGAAAUUAAAAGUGCUAUUUUGUUUGUGCCAUCAGUAUUACGGAAAUAAAUAGGGAAGAAUUCAA